AAUACUAGUAUGUAUUAGGGCCCACACCUGUCCUUGCCGUUAAAAACCGUUUUUAUUCCCUCCCUCUCGCUGAACUCUCUUUGGUUUUGUUGAGAUUUAGAGGUCAGUCGGGCCAUUUCCGUUUCUAUUUACAGUAAGGAAUUAAUUUGAAAGGGGCACUAUAUGAUUGUGGAGUUAUUUAAAAAUGGGGUCUGUCGUUAGUCAAGCUGCUAAUGGAAUUGGAGGUGUUGUUGGAAAUGCUUUUGCAGUUCCGAUCAAGACUCUAUUCGGCGUUUCAUGCGAGGAUGUUUGUUCAGGACCAUGGGACUUAAUUUGUUUCAUCGAACACUUAUGCGUCUCCGAUCUGUUGAAAUUGUUGAUGAUAUUUGCCCUCUCCUACAUGACUUUGAUGUUCUUCUACCUACUGUUCAAGAUUGGGGUUUGCCAAUGCAUAGGAAAAAGCCUUUGCAAGAUGUGUUGGGCUGCAUGUGAGACAUACUGGUUUGCUUUAGAAGAUAUAGCCUGUUUCUUAUGGCACAAGUUAAAGAACACAAAGCGGGUGAAUAGACGCCGACGAUUCCGAGACAUCGAAGCUGGCUACACUUCAAGUUCAGAAACUGAUUUUUCAGAAGAUUAUCAUCAUUUAGGUAGAAAACGCAAGUCAGUAAUGGAAAGAAGAAAAAUACGCUCGCGGUCUUGGAGGUCUCUCCAUCAUUCAAGCAGGUUUGGCAGUCGAAAUAACAACCAUCGGCAGCACCAUCAACACCAUGUCAGGUUGAAGACUAGGGAAAUCUCUGUUCAUGUCAAGGGUGGAUCGCGAAGACCAAGGAAUUCAAGACAGUUUCAGUUAGCUAGAUUAAGAAAUCCUCGAAGAAACAUGGGAAUGUUCAAAAGAAAGCGACUUAGAUGAUUAUAUUAAUGAAAUUUUCACUAACGUUUUAACCUUCUUUUAAAGUCGGUUUUAGCACCGAUAUUAACAAAUAAAUAUGUUCAAUUCCAAUAA